AUGCCUUGCCCUGAUGUCGAAGAAGUCAAAUACAUCUGCGGUCAUAUCUCUGCUUCGACUUUGAGGUUAGGAAUUGUUCACGGUCUUGCUGCAACAUUUUUGAAGAGGAGAAUGCAUGAAAAGAUGUUUGAGCUUUGGUAUUUGUCAAUAAGCUGCUAUCCUGAUCUGAUCCACGAUGUUUUGUAG